GCCGGCCAUGGAGGACGAGGAGGCGGUGGCCUGGAUGGACCAGGCCCUCGACAUGGCUAAAGAGGCGCUGGAGAACGGGGAGGUCCCCGUCGGUUGCCUCCUGGUGUACAACGGCGAGGUCGUAGGGCGGGGCAGGAACGAGGUCAACGAGACGAAGAACGCUACUCGACAUGCAGAAAUGGUGGCAAUCGAUCAGGUCCUUGACUGGUGCAAGCAACACAACAGAGAUUAUACGGAAGUGUUUGCACACUCAGUAUUGUACGUAACUGUAGAGCCUUGUAUCAUGUGUGCAGCUGCCGUGCGCUUGAUGAAAAUUCCACGGGUCGUAUAUGGCUGUCGAAAUGAGCGAUUUGGAGGCUGUGGCUCAGUUUUGAGCAUCUCGUCUGAUGAUAUGGUAGACACAGGAGAACCAUUUGAAUGCAUUUCUGGCUAUCGUGCCAAAGAAGCAGUGGAAAUGUUAAAAGCUUUCUACAGACAAGAAAAUCCCAAUGCACCAAAAUCAAAAGUACGGAAAAAGGACCAUCGUAAUUAGCCCUAUGCUGUUGGGAGACAGAAACUUACCAAAAAAUGAUACGUGAAGGUUUCUUCAGCAUCCCUCUUUUUUUAAAAUGUACAGUCCAAUUUAACUAUGUCUAAUGUUCUGUACAGUUUUUUACUAGUAGGACACUUACUACCUGUUCCUGCGUUUCUGUGUAUGUGAUUUCUUGUUAUCAUACAUGAUCAAACAGAAGAAAAAGUGGCUGUUUUUAGAAAGAGGAAAAUUUAUGGUUCAAGUUCACUUGUUUACAGCCAGAUGGAUCCAUUGAAAUGAUGCCAUUCUGUACAGCACAUCCUAGAAUAUUUUCUUUCCUUCUGUCUGUGGAGAAGCAUCUUGUUUUUCAACAGUAAAUGUUUGCUUAGGCAAGUAAGUAAAUCUCUUGGAAGGUUACAUUUGUAAGACCACGGUCCUCGUGUGUAUAUUUAAUCAAAAGGCAUAUAAGGAAUUGUACAGUCCUUGAAGACUUGAGAUGAGACCAUUGUAACGGUUCUUCAUUGUUGUUUUUACACCCCCUCUAGCAUAAGCCACGUUUUCAGACAUAACUUCUGAAAGUCACAUGCAUAUGUAAACAGGUAUAUAUGCAGAAUCACAUGUCUCAGUUUGUGUAUGCUGUUGCUUAAUAAGUGUAAGCAAGCAUCACUUGGCUGCACAGCAUCUUCAUACCAAGUUGUGGAGAAACUCUCCACAACUCUUUAGACUGUCCACUCCUCUUGUGAAUAUUAGCAUAAGAAAUGCUUUAUCGUUAAGAAUCCACUAAGAAGUUGAAGUUGUUCUCAGCUACUAAAUUACAGUAACUGAGAUGGGCAGACACAUGUGAAAACCAGGAAAUGAAAUUGGUAAUCGUAUGAAGAAAAUAUAUUUGAGAUAUUUAUAUUUUUGUAGCGUUGGUCGGCUUUGUCAUUUCCAUGUACUUUGCUUGGCCAUGCAGUAAUUUAUAAUCCAGAAGAGGGCCUUACAGUUCCACUAAUGAAUUAAGAAUACAAGUACAGUUCAAUCUUGAUUAUAUACCUCUUAGUGGAUACUUAUCUUAGGCAUGAAACUGUUUGUAGUUUAUUUGGCUGAUAUUCAGAAAUUUGAGAAAUGCCCUAACUUUUUUUUUUAAUGUAAAAGAGUGGUUAGAAUUCUAUAAAAAUAUAUGACUAUAAAAACCGAAUACAAUUAAACCUUUUAGAUAUUUCAAAUAAAUACUUUCAAAAGUUUUUUAAAAAAGCAUUACUUUGUCACCAUUGCUUCUAAUAGCUUAGAAUUUGUAUUUUGUAUAUUUACUUAUUGUUUACAAAGUGACAUGGGAAAGAAGCAUUUUUACGAUAAUAGCUAUUUUCAGAGUUUAGAAAUAGUAUUCCUUUAACUUAAGCCCUUUAACUGACGUCUGUGACCUGUCCUAGUCUCCUGACCGUUACUUACAGCACUCUUUGAGUCUUUUCCUUUCCGUAAGCAAAAGAAGUUAUGACUGUGUUUGUAGAUGUCAUCAGCUUCAGAGCUCUGAGGGCUCAUGAACCAGACAGCUAAGCUGGAAAAGCUGUUUAGGAAAAAACCAUUUUUAAUGACUGCGAUGGCUUUAUUGGAAAGAAACGGUCACACCUGUGGUUAUGGUAUUUGGCUGGUGAUAUAAGAUAGCUAUUUAUCUAUACAGAUACAGACAUUUAGUUCUCAAGUGGACCAUAAUUUUCUUAUACCUUGAAGAAGUCACUGAAGUCCAAAUUUAAAGGAAGACGUUAGACUUCUGGCUUGUCACUGACAUCAGUGACAGUAGGAAUUGGAGCCUACAUAUUAUUUUGGACCAGGACCUAAAUCUCUCAGCACCUGUUCUUCUGCAGAGGGGCUAGGAACGCUUUCCUUCCCCACUGCCUUCUUUCAAAGAAGAGCGUUGUUAGCAUUUGGAUAGUGUGACAGUAGGAGCCAUGUAAAUAAGUAGAAAGAUUACUCGUAGUAGGACGAAACACACUUCAAAAGCUGUGUCCAAUUCUGCAAUCCUUAAAAGUGGAACAGAAAUGUUUUGUAACAGGAGUCAGUGGUAACCUGUCACUUAAAAAACAGUUUAAGUCCUGCUCAAAGCCAAAAGAGACUGAAGAGGGUGACAAAAAUAAAAAUUUCUCUUAAGAGAGUGAUCAAGGGUAAUAAUGUGCAUCUCAGAAAAGGAACAUGAAAGAGGAAUAGCAUAGCAAGCUAAAAAGUACUGUAUUACAGAAAGGUUAUAAAAGAUGCUUCUGUUUACUAUUUACUGUAAUGUGUGAGCAAAAAAACCCAGUCUAGUAUUAAAGAGGCACAUUUGGA